AUGGGCCGCGAAGACCAGACUGAAGAGCGCGAGGUGCUCGAAUCUAUAUUUCCUGACGAAAUCACAGACCUAUCGGACACCUCUUUUCGGAUAUCAAUUACACUCGACCCGCCAGAAAAUGAUGAGCAGGAAGCCGAACCUCCCAUUUUACUUUUACAAGUCUCCUACCCGGAAGAAUACCCCGAAGUUGCACCUGAAAUAGAAUUGAUGGCGCCCCCGAACGCCCCCAAACACCCCCGGCUAGAUAUCAGCGAAGAUCGCGAGAGGCUUCUUGAAGCUCUACAACCAACUAUUGAGGAAAAUAUGGGCAUGGCGAUGGUGUUUACUCUUGUCAGUGCAUUGAAGGAAAGCGCCGAGCUUCUUAUGGCCGAGCGCGUUAAUGCUGUUCAUGCGGUGAAGGAGAUGGAGGCUGCUAAGGCCGAGGAAGAGGAGAAUAAGAAGUUCCAAGGUACCACUGUCAAUCGGGAAACAUUCCUUGAGUGGCUUGAUAAAUUUAAGGAGGAGGUGGAGGAGGAGGAGAGGAAGAAGCGAGAAGAGAAGGAGGCGGAGGAAAAGAAAGCUAAUAAGAAGGCACCGGCGAAAGAAGAGAAGAAGCUUACGGGGAAGCAACUGUGGGAACGUGGUUUGGCUGGAAAGGCAGACUUCGAUGAAGAGGAUGAGGAUGGCAUGCCGACUGCCGUGGAAAAGAUGAAAAUAGCAGCAUAG